GUACCACAACACACGAGUUGAGGAAGAAACUUUUUCUCAUCAGUGAGAUUAAGGAAGCCCGGGACACGCUGCACCUCUGGGCUAUGGAUCCGAGAGGAAGCCGCUGUAUUUCCUAGUAACUUCCCGCUCCGUGUGACACACUGUAGGUUCUGUGCAACACUUAUCUGCAGCACACUGAAGCUUUGUGCAACACUUACCUGCAGCACACUGAGGCUCUGUGCGCACCGAGCAGGAAAAAAGGCAUUGCAGAUGGACUUCUGAGGAUAAAAUUUUAGCUGCUGUAGAACUAAAGAGGUGUGUGGCUCAUUAAUAUGUCAUCAACUCCCAAAUCAGAACACAGCCACUGGAGAGUUGGACUUUUGACUUCCAAAAAGAACCUUCACAACAAACAGACUCCUUUAGAAAUGAAUGACAACGCGGCUAUUAAACACUAUGAACCUAUAUCUCUGUCCCAAGAGUUAAAUAGCAAUGGGCAGCAAUCUCAGGAAUGCAACGCCACAACUUUCGAAUUGAAACGUGAAGUGCUGGUCAACACUGAAAUGCCACGGGCAGCUAUCAAUUUGGACCCAAGAGUUUCAAUCUACAGUGCCAGACGACCUCUUCUUAGCAGAACAAACAUACAAGGCAGAGUUUAUAACUUUUUAGAGAGACCGACGGGAUGGAAGUGUUUCAUAUAUCAUUUCACAGUAUUUCUUAUUGUUCUGGUAUGCCUAAUAUUCAGUGUACUUUCUACAAUACCGCAGUAUCUUAAUUUGGCGACAGACACCCUAUUUUGGAUGGAGAUUGUACUUGUGGUGUUCUUUGGAGCAGAGUAUGUGAUUCGGUUAUGGUCUGCAGGAUGCCGAAGCAAAUACGUAGGUGUCUGGGGAAGAAUGCGAUUUGCUAGGAAGCCUAUUUCUGUCAUAGAUUUAAUUGUCGUCGUUGCCUCCGUUAUAGUACUUUGUGUUGGGUCUAAUGGCCAAGUUUUUGCAACAUCAGCCAUACGGGGAAUCCGAUUUCUGCAGAUUCUACGAAUGUUACAUGUUGACCGACAGGGUGGAACGUGGAGGCUGUUGGGAUCUGUAGUUUUUAUACACCGACAAGAGCUGAUAACAACAUUAUACAUUGGCUUUCUUGGUCUGAUUUUCUCAUCUUAUUUUGUGUAUCUUGCCGAAAAAGAUGCUAUUGACGGCUCUGGGAAAUGCCAGUUUGGUAGUUAUGCAGAUGCACUGUGGUGGGGUGUGGUUACCGUCACUACAAUAGGUUAUGGGGAUAAGGUUCCUCAGACGUGGAUCGGAAAAACCAUUGCCUCCUGUUUUUCCGUAUUUGCAAUUUCUUUUUUUGCAUUACCUGCGGGAAUUUUGGGCUCUGGAUUUGCCUUAAAGGUGCAACAGAAGCAGAGACAGAAGCACUUUAACCGCCAGAUUCCUGCUGCAGCAUCUCUAAUUCAGACAGCAUGGAGGUGCUAUGCAGCUGAAAAUCCUGACUCUGCAACAUGGAAAAUAUAUAUUCGAAAGGCACCCAAAAACCAUCAUCUUAUUACACCUAGUCCCAAGCCAAAGAAAUCUGCCUUGGUUAAAAAGAAGAAAUUUCGACCAGAAAAAGAGGAAGGUACUGUGGAUAAAAUGUUAACCAUUCCACAUAUUACAUAUAACCACGUUGUGGAAGACAAGAAAAAUGACAGCUAUUCUGUGGAGAGUUAUGAAAACACCGUAAGAAAAAACUUUGGACUGCUGGAUGUCAGUUCUGCUCCAUUUAUCAGGACAAACAGUUUUAACGAGGAUCUGGACAUGGAAGGGGACUCAUUGCUGACCCCAAUAACGCAUAUUUCAGAACUCAAAGAGCACCACCGCGCAGCCAUCAAAGUCAUUAGACGGAUGCAGUAUUUUGUAGGGAAGAAAAAAUUUCAGCAAGCAAGAAAACCCUAUGACGUGCGUGAUGUAAUUGAACAGUAUUCUCAGGGUCACCUUAACCUGAUGGUCCGAAUCAAGGAGCUGCAGAGAAGGUUAGACCAGUCUUUGGGAAAACCCUCUCUGUUUCUCUGUGGAUCAGACAAAAUUAAAGAUCGAGGCAACAACACAAUAGGGUCAAGGCUAAACCGUGUAGAAGACAAGGUGACUCAGAUGGACCACAAGUUGAAUCUCAUCACAGACAUGCUCCACCAUCUUGUAUCUAAUCAACAUGGGAGUCAGACCAGUAGAUCUCAAAGAAGCAACUCCACAACCUCAGAAGGAUUUAUUUCUAAUAAUUCACUCCCAACAUAUGAACAGCUCACAGUGCCAAGAAGAAAUCAAGACAGUGUGUCUUGAUGAAUAGGCAAAUAUUCUACUACUUAUGAAAUGACACAUAUAUGUUGGAAUUUGUUAACUGCUGUAUCGAAAAGAUAUAUUCAAUGUUAUAGAGAAUGUAUUUUAAGCUAAAAGUCAUUAAUGUAAUGACAGUUUAACCAAUACAUUUAUGUGUGCAGUACUCUAAGGGUGAUCCCUCCGUAUUUAAUUUUUUGGGAGGGUUUGAUAUAUUUCCUUAUGGAAGGAAAUCUCCGCCAACAUUCCUUAUAUACUUAGAUAAAACAACAUGACCAAUGUAGUUAGUUGAAGGUUUAACUAUGGUCAAAUUUCUUGGGAAGUAAAACAUGAGCAAGGGACUCUGGGACUGAAUUUGUUACUGCUUGACUAACUGGUCUAGUGGCAACACUUGAAAAGUAAAUGAAAGUAGAUUAAGAAUUUUUUUUGUAUAUGAUUUUUAGUUGGGUAGUAUGUGCAAAUCUAUAUUUAGGGCAAGGUUAAUUUCUGGCUUAUGCUGGAUAUUAUGUUCCUUGGUAGUAUGUAUGAGGUAAAUGCAGAUGGCCACAUAAACUUUUGUAUAGCUAUCAGAUUUUUUAUACCUCUCCGAGUUUGUGUGCCACUUCAUAUUUCUAUUUUUGUAUUAAGGUUAUUAUUUUUGUUUUCAAAUUUUCAAUUAUAGUAGGCAUAUGCCGACCAAACACUUUGACACAGCAGACAAUUAUUUGUAAUCUUGCCAAUAAUUAUUAGUUCUGUUGAUUAUAGCAUUAUGUAUUUCAUUACUCUUAGGUCUACAGUGUUGCCUUGGUUACUAUGGAAUAAAGUAGAAAUUAUAAUAUAUCAACAAAGCCAGGUACAAAUAAAAUAUUAUGCCCAAAUGUGAUGAUACAAACAUCCACUAAUGAAAAGUGGCCAAAAAAUAGGAAAAUAAAAUUUGACUUCUUCAGAGACCAAAAAAUA